UAUACAUGCCUGCCUAUUACGCGUUAGACACGCAAGAGUGUAUGUUGUGUAUUAUGUUAAAUUUGUAGAUUUAAGUUACUCAUAAAUAAUGUCGGACUUUGAAAAAUUUAUUAAGCAAGCCGCUAUGCAAAUUGGUGCUGGUGGAAGUGCAGGUUUCGUAGAAGUCUGCAUUAUGCACCCCCUGGAUCUUGUUAAAACAAGAUUACAAAUACAAGUUAACAAACCAGCGUCUAGUGAUCGUCAUUAUUACAGUGGAAUAGUGGAUUGUAUGAAAAAAAUGUAUAAAUACGAAGGAUUAACUUCUUUCUGGAAAGGAAUUUUGCCACCAAUUCUUGCCGAAACUCCUAAAAGAGCAGUAAAGUUUGUAACCUUCGAGCAAUAUAAAAGGUUUUUUAUGUUUGGCUCCAGUACACCGACACCAUUAACGUUCUCAUUAGCAGGACUUGGAGCUGGUAUAACAGAGGCUAUAUUAGUGAAUCCUUUCGAAGUAGUCAAAGUAACCUUGCAGUCCAAUACGUCUUUAGCAGCCCAAGUACCAAGUACGUGGUCUGUAACAAGACAAAUCGUUAGAGAACAUGGCGUAGGUUCACGAGGACUUAACAAAGGUUUAACAGCUACUAUUGCAAGAAAUGGUGUCUUUAAUAUGGUAUACUUUGGAUUUUACCAUAGUGUAAAAGGCUUGAUCCCAGAAUAUCAUGAUCCUCUUAAGGAGUUUGGCCGAAAAGUAGCUAUUGGCUUUACAGCUGGUGUUCUUGGGUCUUGUGUGAAUAUACCUUUCGACGUCGCCAAAAGUCGUAUCCAAGGUCCUCAACCUAUACCAGGGAUCGUAAAGUACAAAUCUACUACAGGAGCAAUUGUAUUAGUUUAUAAAGAAGAAGGGUUUCGAGCUCUCUACAAAGGUUUGUUACCUAAGGUUCUUCGACUGGGCCCAGGUGGUGCUAUAAUGUUAGUUGUAUAUGACUACGUAUAUCACUUUCUAGAGAACAAGUUUCAGUAGGUCUAUGCCUAUUCAUCAAUCUGUGAACUAAUGUAUUUUAUAAUUUUAAUAUGUAUAAAGUUAUAAUUUCAAAAGUCGUCGAAAAUUAUAUGACAUAAUUCUUUU